CUGGCGCCGGAGCCAGGACCUGGCGUUGGGCAGUACUUGCACAGCGGUUCUUGAGCUUUCGCGGUUGCCGGUAGAUUGUUGCCAGUUGCCAGUUGCCAGUAGUUUUCUGGAAAGCUGGCAGCGGCUUUUUCACCGGGUUCUGCUUGAGGCCGAGCCAAAGAGUGGCUGUGACUCGGGAGACGGAGUGGAACACCCGGCUGGGCAGGCCCGGACAGCUUCCGCGACCCAGCACCGCAGGAUCAGACCGUACCUCUACGGGGAGAGGCUGGAGAGGAAGAGUCCAGCCUGGGAGCCGUCAGAGCAGCCCUACAGAACGGGGUGGGGGCUGCUGUAGAUAGACCCUUACGCCCAGAGAACUGCUGGGAGGCUGUGGCGCGAGGCGGGACUCAAAUGCUGGAGGAAGGAGGUGAGGAGUGGUAGAGGGAGCGAUUGUCAAGAGAUCAGCUGCUGCUUCUUUUGCCCACGACUGCCGCUGUGUGAGCCGAAUCAGAACUCUCUUUAUCUCUCGUACAGUACUGCCUUCCCCAGACCCUGCCUUUCCGCAAGAGGAAAACACAGGAGAGGAAGGAAUGGCUGCUGGUCUCCUCACAGCUGGGCCCCGGGGAUCCACAUUCUUCAGCAGUGUGACGGUAGCUUUUGCACAGGAAGGGUGGAGGUGCCUCGUGUCUACUCCACAGGACAGGUUCAAGGAGGGGAUACCAGGAAAGUCCAGGAACCUUGUCUUACUAGGACUUCCAGUUUCCCAGCCUGGCAUGAACUCCCAGUUGGAACAAAGGGAAGGCGCAUGGAUGCUGGAGGGCGAAGACCUGCGAAGUCCCUCUCCAGGCUGGAAGAUUAUAUCUGGAUCACCACCAGAGCAAGCCCUUUCUGAAGCUUCAUUCCAAGACCCACGUGUAGAGAUGCCCCCUGGGGAUUCAGACCACAGGACCAGUGACCUUGAGAAGAGCUUCAAUCUGAGACCAGUCCUGUCUCCGCAACAGAGAGUGCCCGUGGAAGCGAGACCUCGCAAAUGUGAGACGCACACCAAGAGCUUCAAGAACUCGGAAAUCCUGAAACUUCACAGAGCAAAACCAUAUGCAUGUAAUGAAUGUGGCAAAGCUUUCAGUUACUGUUCUUCCCUUUCUCAGCAUCAGAAGAGCCACACUGGAGAGAAGCCCUAUGAGUGCAGUGAGUGUGGGAAGGCCUUCAGCCAGAGCUCAUCUCUCAUUCAGCACCAGAGGAUUCACACUGGAGAGAAACCUUACAAGUGCAGUGAAUGUGGAAGAGCCUUCAGCCAGAACGCCAACCUCACCAAACACCAGCGAACCCACACCGGAGAGAAGCCCUACAGAUGCAGCGAGUGUGAGAAAGCCUUCAGUGACUGCUCAGCUCUUGUUCAGCAUCAGAGAAUUCAUACCGGAGAGAAGCCCUAUGAAUGCAGCGACUGUGGGAAGGCCUUUCGUCACAGUGCAAACCUUACGAACCACCAGAGGACUCACACCGGGGAGAAGCCCUACAAGUGCAGCGAGUGUGGGAAGGCCUUCAGUUACUGCGCAGCGUUCAUUCAGCACCAGAGGAUUCACACCGGGGAGAAGCCCUACAGAUGUGCUGCGUGUGGGAAGGCCUUCAGCCAGAGUGCAAACCUCACAAACCAUCAGAGGACUCACACUGGGGAGAAACCCUACAAGUGCAGCGAGUGUGGGAAGGCCUUCAGCCAGAGUACCAAUCUCAUAAUCCACCAAAAGACCCACACCGGGGAGAAGCCAUAUAAAUGUAAUGAAUGUGGGAAAUUCUUCAGUGAGAGCUCAGCCCUCAUUCGACAUCACAUAAUCCACACCGGGGAAAAACCUUAUGAGUGUAAUGAGUGUGGUAAAGCAUUUAACCAGAGCUCAUCCCUUAGUCAGCAUCAGAGAAUCCACACAGGCGUGAAACCCUACGAAUGCAGCGAGUGUGGGAAGGCCUUCCGGUGCAGCUCUGCCUUCGUUAGACAUCAGAGACUCCACGCUGGAGAGUAACUAGGAACAUGGUAGAAGUGGAGUCCUGGACAUGCCGACUCAGGAUAGAUGGGUGAGGAUCUGAGAAAUGCUAAAGGCUUGAAAGCAUCUGAAGACAUCUAACUUAGAGUCUGCAACCCAGAGCCACAUGGAAAAACACCUUCAAUAAACUGCCACUAUUUCACAUGCUGUGUGUGGAUGCUCAGCUCUCUAACACCUUCUUUCUGUAAGCAUCAAAAGAUGAGGGCUCCAUUCAAUUGCAGUUUGCCUUUAUUCAGACAGUGGGCCAAAGCACUUUAUGUGGUAAGCAUUCCAGAAACCUGAGUUUAUUUGGAUUAAGUGACCAAAUCAAUGAGUAAAGAACUUGGCUCCUACGUCAAAGCCAAGUCUUUGGGCAAUGCUGGCAGUUUCUCCUGCAAGUAAUGAGAAAUGUUGUGAAAGAACUCAGAGCGUUGGCCAGAAAUGAUUGAAAGACCAUCAAAUUUGGGGCAGGGGGAGGAGUAAAUACAAGUGAGAAAAGGGAUUCUAGAGCCACCUAUGAAAUGCGACAAUCUCCUUGAGGUGGGGAACAUUCCUUGAUGUUCCAAAACAGAGAAGCACAGCCAGGCCCAGCCUUUGUAGAGCUUGUUGCUGUUAGAGCCCACCCAGGCAGAUCACAAGGUCAGGAGUUUGAGACCAGCCUGACCAACGUGGUGAAACCCCAUCUCUACUAAAAAUACAAAAACUUGCCGGGUAUGGUGGCAUGUGCCUAUAAUCCCAGUUACUCAGGAGGCUGAAGCAGGAGAAUCUCUUGAACCCAGGAGGCAGAGGUUGCAGUGGGCGAAGAUUGCAACACUGCACUCCAGCCUGGGCGAGAGUGUGACUCCGUCUCAACAAAAAAAGAGCCCACCCAGAGGUUACUGGUGUUGAGUAGAGCGUGCUGCUAAUGAACCGAGAGGCACAUCCCUUUCCAUGGAGAAUAGGAAGCACCGAGAAUGGGGAGGUGUGUGACAGCCAUGCUGGACUCAGAGGCAGGUGUCAUAAACUGCCCCAGGCUCCUCAUUCUCCCUUCUCCCUCACGGGAAGAAGUUGUGUUCCCCUUGUAUUAGAGAUCCAGAUUUUUGCCUUUG